AUGCCCCCCUCGGACCCCAUCUACGACCUCCAAGAAAGACUCGAAGCAGCCGAAUGCGCAUACACCGGUUCCCGCGAAAAGAACAGGCAGCUCGCUAAGCGCCUCGCCGACACUGAAGCCCAGCUGGAGAAAGCAGAAACAGAAGCGAAUGAAGGAUUUGUCGAAGCCUACGAAAAGGGGGCUCGUUAUGGUCGACUGGCUGGGGCAGAGAGGCAACUGGAGGCCAUGGAAGAGGCGAUGAAAAAGCUCAAACAGGUUGAGAAACAGAGGGACGAAUGGGAGGGAAAAUAUUGGGAUUUGCACAACGGGGUCGGCGGGCUUCUAGGGAGCCAGCAAUCAAUUGAGGCUGGUGGAUCGGCCAUGAAGCUGGAAAUGAUGAACACAGCCCCUCGAAAGUCCGCGCCUGCUGCCUUAUCCAGCAACCGCAACAAUAUAAACAAGCGCAGAAUUGUUCAGUCCGACACAGACACAGAAAGCUCUCCAGAGGGGUCCGAUUACGCCCAGUCAACGGGAAAUUACAAGAAGGGAGAAAGCAAAAGGUGGCAUGACAUUGCCAAGAGACAGAACCACUCUAUCAUCCUCUCUUCGUUCAACAAAGCACGCCGGGAAGCUUAUGACAUGCGCGGCCGUACCCCACCUGACGACCUACCUCAGUGUCCAUGGGAUACCAGAUUACACGCUCAAAACUUUAGGGAAGGCGUCAGGAAGCAGAUGUAA